CCUGAUCCCAGCCUCAUCUUUCUCUUGUGCUCCUAGGCCCUGAAAUUAUAACCAUUUUUCUGCCAAUGCAAACAUGCUUACCUAUGCAUACAUAUAUGUAAAACACUUAGAGCAGCUCCUGGCAGGUAGGAAGGAUUAUGUGUUGGCCGACACCAUUUUGUUAUGCUUGAUAUCAUCAUUAUCUAUUUUCAUUUAUUUUAAGUCAAGAUCUUUGGGAAGCUGACUUUGAGCCAGGCCUACAGGGAAGUUUAGAGUAAGACAUGCAGAACUGGGCAGAGGGGGGAAUUAAACUGUGAUGCAGUUAUAUAGAGGCCUCAGACUAUCUGACUAGGAGCACUGAGACUGGGGUGGCUCUUCCAAGGUGGUCUCCGUCGAGGCAAGGGUACCAGAGAGACUCAGCUGUGACACCUCAGCAACCUACACUCCUGGCAGCUAGGGCAACAGGUGGCUUUGUCCUGAAGGGUGGAUUUGGGUGGUAACCAGCUUCCACUAUAUUAUUACUACCCUGUGGUUCUCUCCAUGGCCCCCUUUAACUCUCAAGACAAACAUAGGUUUCAUAGCCCUUCUACCUCUCUGUCACUACCACCCAUCAUACACCUUCCUCACAAUAGCCUGUAGCCUCUCAGUCCUCUGCAGAGGUGCAACCCUUCUCUGAGGGGCCAUUGGCACAGUUUCCCUACUGUGAUGUUGUCUGCACCCGUAUUUGCACACCCUGCUCUCCACCCCUGUUUGGGGCCCUCUAGUUCACGUCUGUGUCCUGAGCACUAAGGGGUCCUAUUUGGGCUGGUCAGGACUCAAUGGUUACAGGGAGUACACCCCCUCCCCCCAAGGAAGUGGUGCCCAGCCCUCCCUACACCAUCCCACAAUGCAGAUGCUCUUUCCUGUUGGGAAUAAAGGGCCAGACUCAGCUUCCUUCCUUUCAGGCAUUUGGCCUUGGGGAGGGAGGGGCCUUGGAAGGAGGAGGGUGCUCCUGGGCCCAGAGUGGGACAGAGGUUUCCUUGGAGAGAGGAAUUUUGCUGCGUGCCAAGAUGUGGGCUGGAGCCACCAAGGCCUCUUGAGACAGUGAAGAGAAUACCUAGCUUUGCUCUGAGGACUGGGGAGAGGGCCAUCUUCAAGGCCAAGACUAUUUUCAAAGGAGAAAGAACUGGAUGCCUGGUCAAGCCUGGGGCUGGGCAAGAACCUCCUUCCUCCUUCUCAGAGGGGCCUAGACCAAGGCUGCAGCUCAGAGAAUCCACUCUGCCUGCUCUAACCCAGACUCUUGCUCCCACUCCUACCUCAUCUCCAGUGCUUCCAGGGAGUGCCAUGGACUCAGCAACCAAGGAUGAAAUGCAGCCCUCACUUCCCCCUGGCCCUGCCCAGCUGAUGAGGCUGCCCAGGGUCUUCCUGCCCAGGGCCUGAGUGGCCAGAGCAAGAGAGGGCGGAGCAGCUGGCCAGAGGAGCAGCACUCAAAUGGGCCUCGGGCAUCUUCUACCGGCCAGAGCAGCUGGCCAGGCUGGGCCAGUACCGCAGCCGUGAAGUUCAACGUACCUGUUCCCUGGAAGCACGCAUUAAGUCGGUGGUGCAGUCCUACCUGGAGGGCGUGAAGACUGGUGUGUGGCAGCUGGCCCAGGCUUUUGAGGCUGUGCAGGGAACCCGUGAGGCCCUAGACCAGGCCCAUGGGUUGCUCCAGGGUAUGGUGGAGGCCACAGAGACCCUAAAACCACUGCGAGAACAAGUUGCACAGCACAAGCAGCUGCAGGUCCUGUCUCAGCUGCUGCCCCGGCUGCGGGCAGUGCCAGCUGCAGUGGCCCACACACGGACCCUGAUUGGUGCCCAGCGGCUCUUGGAGGCAUAUGUGUGCCUUCGGGAGCUGGAGCAGCUGCAAGAGGAGACGUGGGCACCUCUGGGGGGCCUGGAGUUGCCAGUCUUCGAGGGGUUGGGCCCUCUAGCUGAGGCAUUGGGCCAGGCUGUGGAGGCGGCUGCGGGGGUGGCAGGGCAGCUGGCACGGGAGGACCCAGCCUUGCUGGUGGCUGCUGUGCGUGUGGCAGAGGUGGAUGCUAGGCACACAACCUCCCUGGAGCUGCCCCCCCGGGACUGGCGGCGGCGCUGUCUGCAGGCACUGCAGGAGGGCCUGGAGAGGACCCACUUUGGGACACCUCUGCUGCUUGAGCCAGGGGCCUUGGCAGGGAGGCUGGAGGCUCUGCGGGUGGCUCUACCAGCUGAGUUGGCCACAGCUGAAGCACUAGUGGCACCCUGCUGCCCACCACACUACAAGGUGGUGCGGCUCUGGGCCCACACCCUGCACAGUGGACUGCGUCGCUGCCUGCAGCAACUGCUGGAAGGGCCUAAGCUAGGAGCUGCUGACGCCUUCGCCUUACUGCAUUGGACACUGCAUGUGUACCUGGGGCCAGAAAUGAUGGGGAGCCUGGAGUUGGGGCCUGAGGCUGAUGUGUCUCAGCUGGAGCCCCUCCUGACUCCGGAGAACAUUGAACAGCUGGAGGCAAUGUUUGUGACCCAAAUCCAGGUUAAUGUGGCCCAGUGGCUUCAGAAGGCACUGGAUGGGGAGGUAGCUGAGUGGAACCGAGAGCAGGAACCUGGCACAGACUCCUCUGGCUUCUAUCACUCACCUUUGCCGGCCAUAGUGCUCCAGAUCCUGGAAGAGAACAUUCGCGUGACCAGCCUGGUCAGUGAGUCACUGCAGCGGCGGGUGCAUGGCAUGGCGCUGUCAGAACUGGGCACGUUCCUGAGGAGCUUUAGUGAUGCUCUGAUCCGAUUCUCCCAAGACCACAUCAGGGGGGAAGCAAUGGCUCCUCAUUACGUGCCCUACCUACUGGCCACCCUCAACUACCAGUCAGCACUCAGCUCCUCCUUGUCCGUCCUGCACCCCGACGGGGCGGGUUCAGGAGACUUGGCUCUGGUGGAGGCAGGGCUGGACGAGUUGCAGAGGAGGAUCUGCCGCCUGGUGUUGGAGGCGCUGCUGGCGGAGCUCCAGGUAAGUCUUCAGGUGGGGAUGGGGGUGGGAGGAGGAGAUACAGCAUAUAUAUGUAUGGGUCUCUGCUGGGGAAAUGCUAGGUCUGAACGUUCCUCCAGCCCCGUCUCUGCCCAACCCCACCCCCCAGCCCCUGUUCGAAGCUCUGCCCUCGCGCCGGUGGCUGUCGAGCCCAGAGCUGCUGGACGAUGUAUGCGAGCGGACGGUGCGCUUCUGCCAGGAUUUCAGGCGAGUGCGGAAUCCUGCAGUCCAGGUGCGCUUAAGGGAGAGGCUGGGAAGCAGGGAAGCGCCCAUAGGAAAGGCGUCUGGGACUCAUUGCGUUCUCUGCAGCUUCUCCUGGCUGAGGCGGAGCGCACGGUGGUACUGCAGUACCUACGUGCGUUGAUGCAGGGCCGCCUAGUGUGCCGAGGAGCCGACGAGAGGAUCCAGGCAGCGCAGCGCCUGCAGAACGAUGCGGCCCAGCUUCGGGAGCUUUUCCUUGGUUUGGGCCUGGAGGAGAGUGUUCAGUGCGCACCGGUGCUCCUCUCUCUGCGGGAUCUACUGAACCUCCGUGACCCCAUGCUGCUCGGCCUCGAGGUGGCAGGCCUACGACAAAAAUUUCCCGACGUGAGCGAGGAUCAUGUCUCUGCCCUCCUGGACCUGCGCGGGGAUGUGUCCCGAGAGCAGCGCCUGGCCGCACUCAGCUCCCUGCAGGCCGGCCCACAGCCCUCUCUCUCUGCGGGUCACCGCGCACUCUUUAGCCUCGUGCCAGUACCUACUCCUGCGCUGUCCUCCUGCCUUCCCUCCGGGCCCUGUGCCUGACGCCCGGCUGCCCCUGGAAUACAGCCACAGCUCCUGGAUGUCUGAAUUGUGUAUUGGGGAAGGGGGAUGAAAUAAAAGUGUAAAGACUA